AUGCAAACUACUAGUGUGUUAAUUGUAAACAACAAAGAACCUGCCAAACCAUCUACUCACUUUGGAUCUUACAGGCAAGCUAAAUACAGGUCGGAUAUUAUUAUAGUAAUUGUGUCAGAAAGCAAUGGUCAUGAAAAUAAGAAAGUUCAAAAUGAAAAAUCUCAUCACAAAGAAUUUCUUCACAAAGAUAAAAAUAAAGAUAAGAUUGCAUCCAAAUACGCGAAAUUCUGGGAGGGUGGCGGGCUAAGUCCCAGGACUCCCAGUUGCGGGCCCAGGAGAAGAGCAGACCUGGGAAAACCGGCGGCAGGUCCGCGCCUGCAGGUGGGAAGCCGUCCGUCCCGGACGCCGCUGGCGCAUGCGUAUUGGGGAGCCGAAGCCUGCGCCGCGCUGUCGCCAUUGCAAGGUUUCCCCACCAGAGCCUACCUGGCGCCAGGGGCUGGUCCAGCCCCAGGGGCCGAGUCACCGGGAGUCAUUGGUUCAAGCACCAGAGCACUUAUCACCUUCUCCCGCCAGGGUUUGGGCAGGAGGCGGAGCAGCGCAGAGGCGGUGUCAGGGGGCGGAGCAACCGGAGCGCCCUUUGUCCGAGAGAGAGAACAUCUUCCAAUUUCCCUUCUGUAUCUGCCCCGUGACCGGGCGUCAAACGCACAGCACAGCGUAGUUAUGUUUUCUCAGAAUGCUAUACUUUUUAAGGAAGGGAACGUGGAAAAGAAGGAAAUGAAUAAUGGAUCACACAUAAUCAGGUCCCAGGAGUCACUGACAUUCCAGGAUGUGGCCGUGGACUUCACCAGAGAGGAGUGGGACUGGCUGCACCCUGCUCAGAAGAACCUUUACCGAGAUGUGAUGCUGGAAAACUACAGGAAUCUGGUUGCACUUGGGCAUCAACUUCAUAAGCCAGAGGUGAUCACUCAAUUGGAGGAAGAAGAGCAGUGGAUGAUAGAAAGAGACGGCCCACCGGACACUCAUCCAGAUGGGGAAAAUAGACCUGAAGUCAAAAAAUUAACUCCAACCCAAAAUUUUUCUGAUGAAAAUCAAACCCAUGACAUGAUAAUGGAGAGACUAACUGGAGACGAUUUCUGGUACUCCAUUCUAGGAGGACUCUGGGAUUUUGAUUACCAGUUAGAGUUUCACCAAGAAAACCAGCAGAAACAUUUAGGUCAAAUAUCUUUCAUCCAAAAAAAGAUUACAAAGGAGAGAAGCCUUGAAUGUACUGGAUUUGAGGAAAACUAUAAAAUGAACUCAAAUCUUAGAAUGCAUCAGCAAAUUUCUUCAAUUGAAAUACCCCUUACUUCAGACACACAAGGAAAUAACACCAAACAUAAUUCAGAAUUGAUUUACUAUCAGGGAAACUAUAUAAGAAACAAUACUUAUGAAUAUAAUGAGUGUGGGAGAAUCUUCAAUCAGCAUGUUCUUCAUAUUAAUCAUAUUCAUACUGAAGAGAGACCCAGUGAAUGUAGGAAGGCCUUCAGCCACAAUUCAUCAUUUACCCAACCUCAGAUAGUCCUUACAGGAGAGAAGCCCUAUAAGUGUGAUGAAUGUGGGAAAAGAUUCAGCCAGAGGAUACAUCUUAUUCAACAUCAGCGAAUUCAUACAGGAGAAAAACCUUUUAUAUGCAAUGAAUGUGGGAAAGCCUUUCGUCAGCAUUCAUCCUUCACUCAGCAUCUGAGGAUUCAUACUGGAGAGAAGCCCUACAAAUGUAAUCAAUGUGGCAAAGCCUUUAGCCGAAUCACAUCCCUUACUGAACAUCAUAGACUUCAUACUGGAGAGAAACCUUAUGAAUGUAGUUUUUGUGAAAAAGCCUUUAGCCAGAGGACACAUCUUAACCAGCACGAGAGGACUCAUACAGGAGAGAAGCCCUAUAAAUGUAAUGAAUGUGAGAAAGCCUUUAGCCAGAGUGCACACCUUAAUCAACAUAGGAAAAUCCAUACUCGGGAGAAAUUAUGUGAAUAUAAUAAAUGUGAGAAUGUUUUAAGCCACAGUCCUUCACUUAAUCAGCAGCAUAUAACUCAUGGGGGGGAAAUCAUAUGA